AUGGGAGAUUGGGCAAGGGAAGAACCCGGCUCAAAGAACUCUCUUGAGGAAGUGACUUCGCUCACUGAAGACCAAGCAGGCCAUUCUGGAUUAAAGGACACAAGCCUGCUAUUCACUCGCUUUCAAGUUUCAAGUCGGAUCUUGCCGGGUUUCACUCCUACAUUAACGAAAGAGAAGGGGGAAGGGCUAUCUUCAGUAUUGAUUGCAGUUUCAAGUUUUCCUUUCCUUGGCAAUGCGGUAAGAGAUAUUGCAGCACUAUAUGUGACGUCUAAAAAAUAUUUGUUUGUGUAUAGGUCGAUCCAGCUGACACGUUCUGCAGAUAUGUGUAUCAUCCCGUUCCCAACUGUUGAAGACAAGAAGUUGUUGCAGGAAUCUGUGGUGUGCAGUUGGUUGGCAAUGUAUACCUCAACGACUGGGUCGGGUCUGUCCCUCCCCUUCAUGUCUGUUGGUCGAUGUACAUCUAUAUGCAAGAAUGCAAUGCUAUGGGUAAUUUUUCUGCGCAUUUGA